CUUCCCGUGGAGCUCACACAGGGAGCCCUCUGGUGCUUAGAGGCUCCUGGGAAAGGCUGGAGCCAUGGUACCACGUGCUGCCAAGCCCCACCUGCCAGAGCUCUGGCCCCUGAUGCAGCUGCCUUUCUGAGCCACUGACUCUUGAUUCCAUGGACACAGCCCCAGCCCCGAUGGGCUCCCUUCAGCACCGCUCUUGCCAGCAGCCUAAGAUGGGUGACACCUGGUCCCAGCUGCCCUGGCCUGGGCCCCCCCGCCCAGCCGUGCUGCUGGUCUCCCUCAUCUUGGCCGCAGGGGUGAUGCCCUCGGAUGCCGGCACCAGCUGCCCGGUCCUUUGCACGUGCCAUAACCAGGUGGUGGAUUGCAGCAGCCAGCGGCUCUUCUCCGUGCCCCCGGACCUGCCCAUGGACGCUCGCAACCUCAGCCUGGCCCACAACCGCAUCGCCGCCGUGCCGCCCGGCUACCUCGCGUGCUACAUGGAGCUCCGGGUGCUGGAUUUGCGAAACAACUCCUUGGUCGAACUGCCCGCGGGCCUCUUCCUGCACGCCAAGCGCCUGGCACACCUGGACCUGAGCUACAACAACCUCAGCCACGUGCCGGCCGACAUGUUCCAGGCCGCCCACGGCCUCGUGCACAUCGACCUGAGCCACAACCCGGGGCUGCGGAGGGUGCACCCGCGGGCCUUCCAGGGCCUGGCGCAGCUCCGGGACCUGGACCUCAGCUACGGGGGCCUGGCCUUCCUCAGCCUCGAGGCUCUCGAGGGCCUGCCGGGGCUGGUGACCCUGCAGAUCGGCGGCAACCCCUGGGUGUGCGGCUGCACCAUGGAGCCCCUGCUGAAGUGGCUGCGGAACCGCAUCCAGCGCUGCACGGCAGAUUCUCAGCUGGCUGAGUGCCGGGGCCCCCCAGAAGUCGAGGGCGCCCCACUCUUCUCCCUGACCGAGGAGAGCUUCAAGGCCUGCCACUUGACCCUGACCCUGGAUGAUUACCUCUUCAUCGCCUUCGUGGGUUUCGUGGUCUCCAUCGCAUCCGUGGCCACCAACUUCCUCCUGGGCAUCACGGCCAACUGCUGCCACCGCUGGAGCAAGGCCAGCGAAGAGGAGGAGAUUUGACCCGGGUACCUGGUGUCCCUCCACGCCGCCCACCAUCACUGCCGCUGACCACUGG